AUGGACGAAAGGUCUGAGCUCUAUUUUUAUCAAGCUCAUGUGGACGAAAGGUCUGAGCUAUAUUUCUAUCAGGCUCAUAUAGAUGAAAGGUCUAAGCUCAUUUUUGGCCAAGAUCAUAUGGACGAGAGGUCUAGGCUAUAUUUUUAUCAAGCUUUGAUGGACGAAAGCUCUGAGCUCAACCUUUUCCGAGCUUGUGCUCAGGUUGGCAAAGAGCCAACCUUAGUUCACCAAGCUCAUGACCAGGUUGGCCAAGAACCCACCUCGUCAUGCCAGGCUCAUGGCCAGGUUGACAAGGAGCCACCCUCUGCCUCAACAUGCCAAGCUCAUGGUCAGGUUGGAGAAGAACCCAUCUUGCCGUGCCAAGAUCAUGAUCAGGUCGGCAAAGAGCCGACCUCUACCUCAGCAUGCCGAGCUCAUGGACAGGUUGGCAGAGAACCCACCUCACCAUGCCAAGCUCAUGGUCAGGUUGAGAAAGCACCAACCUCAACUCACCAGGCUCAUUGUCAAGUUGGCAAAAGGCCACAUCGCCGUGCCAAGCUCUUGGUCGGGUUGGUAAAGAACCAACCUCGAUGUGCCGGGCUCGGCUUAGGUUGGCAAGGGUUCAACCUCAAUUCGUCGAGCUCUAGCAUACCCAUUCAACACAAAUCACCUUCGAGUUUUUGGCCUACAACAACAUACGCAGAGGCAUAUAUAGAUAAUACAAUGAAGAUCAAAGUCCAACAAAAUACAUCGAACAACCACCAUGAUCACAGAGUGACAGCAAAAUAA